CACGCAGACGCGUACGAACUCUCACGUUACAUUCAUUAACGCAAUUUAUCCAAUUUAUGCAAAGUUAAUAAUUAUAAUUUAUUUCAUUCUCGAUACAAGGAGUCGUCCUUCAAAUAAAUUCUAAGUCUCGUCAAUGGGAUGAGUAAAAAUCGAUCUGAUUGAUUCUGUAUUUUUUUAUCGAGCACACGAACGUAUUGAUAUGUGCGUAAGCAUAAGGAAGAGAGACGACGCUCACGUAAACCCGAGAGAUCGGCUUUCCCUCUGCAUGGGCAAAUGCGUCUGGUUGAUUUUAAACUACCAUUGUGUUCCGUGAUACGAAUAAAAAUGGGCAAUGUCAAUUGUUGUACCGAGUAACGCACCGGGCGUACGUACAUCGAAGAGUGAAAGUAGAAGUUUCCGUACUCGUCUCGAUGUAUGCAUCUUAUUUACGAAGCUCGUUACCAGAUGAAGUUAAUCCGGACGCGGCCAAUUUGGUUUCGCUCGAGAAAUUUUGUAACAAUAUUCGUAUCGUUCGUGACACAGUUACCAAUAACGUGCUGCUACUUACAGACGUACAGUUACAGAGUAGCCAGUAGUGAUACGAGGUCGAGUCUUUACUUAUGGUUUAAACUAAUCAAUUUAUUCCUAGACGUGUAACGAACGAUUUAUGUACACGAAAGAAAGCUAACGUGAAAUGUAUGUAGAUCGCGAGAGGGAAAUAUGACGGUGCAGUUUUGAACAAGACUCGGGAGUCGUUGUCCUUACGUAUCUACAUAAAUCCGACGAGCCUUUUAAUAUCGACCCCUGCUGAUUUUAUAUCUACGAGCUGUGUCUUUUCCUCUAACUGUACUUGGGAUUACAGCAUUGCUAAAAAUCCGAAACGAUCGGAAUAACUCGUUUCGUUAUACGAACACGUGCAUGCAUUUGUGUCUCCCAUCGAAGGUGCAUAUACCGUUGACUAAAACCGAUUCAAGGAGCCUAAGCUGAGCUUCUUUAAUGUCUUUAUUAAAAAUGACACGCUUAAGAGAGUCGAUGCCGGAUGGAAACGAGAUUCGGAAUUUGUUUGAUUGGACUGGCCUCGGUUCGACUAGGCCGUCACCCUAAAAUGCUUGGAAACCACGCCUGUGAUCCUUUGCUCUCGGAUACCACCGGGUGGUGGUAGGUAGUCAAGUUUUUCGGCUGUGCCGAGCCACGCUGUGUCGCGCGAGUAUUAUUCGUUCGCGCCAACGCGUUCGAGCCGGUUCGUUCCUCCGCGUGACAUCGCGACGACCGUUUAGGUACUCCUACCGAACGCGCGUUCGAUUUUAAAUUAACGCAGGUGACCAUCGGGACCGUGGUCGGUCUCUGAUUAAAAGAAGAAAACGAAAGGAGUUUCUCGUACCGCAUCAGCGUCCGUUGUUCGUCGAGCUCGAAACUGAACGAACUCACGAAAUCUUCCUGAAUCUGAUAAACCAGUGACCUAGACGCUUUUCACCUACUUACAAUCGGUUUGGCCGUCACUAUUCAGACCCCGAUCACGCGCUCAUCGAUACCAUGAUCAGAUAUCGACGUCGCAACUUAUUUCUCGUAGUGUCCUGUUGUUUGUUCCUGGUCCCUAAUUACGACCACGUCGAGGGCCAUGGACGUCUGAUGGACCCGCCAGCCCGCAACAGUAUGUGGCGUUUCGGUUACCCGAACCCCGUAAACUACAAUGACAACGAACUGUUCUGCGGCGGGUAUGCAGUGCAAUGGGUGCAGAACAGAGGGGAGUGCGGGAUCUGUGGCGACGCGUAUCAUUUGAAGGAGCCGAGACCACACGAAGCCGGUGGUGAGUACGCGAAGGGUACCAUUGUCAGGCAUUACACAGUUGGUCAGGAGAUCGACGUCGAGAUCGAACUUACGGCGAAUCAUUUAGGUAGAUUCGAAUUGUACCUUUGUCCGAAUAACAAUCCGAGGAGCGAGGCUAGUCAAGAGUGCUUCGAUAGGUAUCCGUUGUACGUAGCCGGAACACGGGACGUUCGAUUCGAAAUACCUGAGGAUACCGAGAGGAAAGCCGUAUUUCGGUACAAAGUGGCCUUGCCAGCUUACGUCACUUGCACCCAGUGUGUAAUACAAUGGACCUAUUACACUGGUAACAUGUGGGGUACUUGCGAGAAUGGAACCGAGGCUAACGGAUGCGGGAAACCGGAGACGUUCCGAAACUGCGCGGACGUCAGCAUAAUCACCAGCACCGCCGGUGUACCGCCCCUCUUCGUGCAACAAGACAACCCCUUCUUACUUUACUACAAAGACUAUUCUUCGCCUAAUAACAUAUUUCCACUUAUCGUUAGGUCUCAAGUGUGCAUGCCUACACCACUGUAUCGUCGCAUACCAGGGAUGAACGACUGGUGCCAAACCAAUUGCCUUCGCUAUCCACCGAACUGUCCAGCAGCGAUUUGCCAUUGCCCGGAGGUUUGCGACGCGAUCGGUGAAAUCGCUGGCAAGGAUGGUGCCAGCGUUUAUUGCAUGGACAAGUGUCUCGUUUACCCACCGAACUGCCCGUCUCAUCGCUGCCGUUGUUAUUAAAUACGACAGCUUAAAAUCACUGUACACAUCAUACGUUACCUGGACCUCAACGAUAAUUCCGUGAUUUCGUCUUCGUACCGAUCGAUCAAAUUUUUUCACAACGCACGUGUAAACUUUCGGACAAUUGCUUAGCGUCGUGGCUCAUGAGAAAUUGUAUUCGACUCGAUACCGAAGCGACGUAGAACUGAUUUAUUUCUAGCAAUCUUCAAUUUUAAUAACGAUCUUACAGUUUUGUGUAGAAACGUGAUACCGUCCAUUAACGAGUAUUGAAUUUUCUAAGAAUUUAGCAUUCCGUCAACUGCUCGCUGUUAUCGCGUUUCUUUCUGCGAUAAGUCGGCAAGCAGUGUAAUUUGUUAAGUUAACGUCCAUUGCGACGAUAAUAAAAUUGUAUUCAUUAAAAUACAUGCAUUUAAUCGGUUCUUCCGAAUAAUUGAAAUGAACCUUCAAUCCUUAAAGUCAUUGAUCCACGAAUGUGAAAUUCCUCUUGAUGAAAUCAACAAGUCGUCUGACAAAGGGCAGGAUUUAAGAAGCCGGAGAAUUUAGUCUCACUAUAAUAUAUUUAGUGGUAGGACAUCCUAUUGACACCUUAAAAUAGUACGCAUGUAUCACAUUAUACAUAUAUAUAUAUAUAUAUAUAUAUAUAUUAUAUAUAAU